UUGUGAAAUUUCUUUAAUUUUAAAGUGUUAUAUUUUAAGAUCCAUUAAAAUUAUUUUGAUAUUUAUUUAGUUAAUUUGUUCUCCGUAUAUUGUAUGAGGGUCAAAAAUGCCACGAGCCUACUGUAAUAAGUUCAUUCAAUAUUUCAAAAGGUAUUGAUUAUACAAGUGUAAUCUAUUGUUAUUAAUUGUACAAGUCAAUAAAAGUGUACGUUUUAAAAUAAAACUUGAAUCAUGAUGAAAUUAAAGUCCAUUGGAAAAUAUUAGCCUACUGUCACUUUGGUUCAUACCACGAGUGAUAUUUUAUGAUAUUCUACAACAGAAUGGAGACAAUUGUAUUUUUAUUAUGAUCACUUAUAAAUAUUCCACAACUUGUUUAUUGAACAUUUGGCCCUCAAUAGUACAGCAAUGAACCUUUAAAUAAUUUAAACAGGCAACAAAUGUGUUAUUUUUAAAAAAUAAAUAUUUUAGCAUCAUAUUCCAUAACUAUCCAUGAAUUGCUUCAAAAUAAACACAUCUAAUUAUUCAUGUUUUAUUUAACUGUUUGUGAUAGUGUUUGGAUCUCCAUAGGCAUCAGCUGUGGAUACAUGUGUAUAUGAUGUGCCUGAGAUUGAGAUGUGCAGAAAUCCUGUUUGAAAACUUUGGCCAUUUGGGGGAAAUGUGGCUUUCAUUUUGCAUCACUGGUUCCAGAACUGCUAAGCUUUAAUAACCCUCACUUAUCCUAAAAUGCUAUUAUGGUUUUUCAAUAUCUCUGCAAGUGCUAGUUACAGGUUGGUGGUUAUCGUGCAAAUCUAGAAGAUGUGAUAUGUAUAUAAACAUUUGGUGUAUAUGAUGUAAAAUAGGAUCCACAUUUGUUUUAAGGCCUUUACCAUAAACAAUCAUGAAACACACAACUGUAUUUGUCUUCAUGAGAUCAGUCAUUCAAUUUCUACACAAGACUGUAAAGUAGUUUUAUUUUUUUUGUCUUGUAUAUAGAUGUAAUUCCAAAUUGAAUUAAAGAGCCAGUGGGGAAAAGUGUUUGGUUUCAUGGGGCAGAAAGCGUGUAAAGAGAAAAAAAAUUGAAAUUGAAAGAAAAAAUAUUUUUAUAUUGCGAUGUUGCUACUAUAAUGCAGAAGAGGGCAGCACUAGAAUAGAUGAUCAAGCUGAUGCCUUCGAGGACGAUUGGGGAAAAAAUCUUUAUCUAGAUUACCUAGACAUGUACUACCACUUUUUUUACUAGUUAAAAUAGUUACUUUCAGUUUUCCUUAUGAUCCUCAGUCAAUUAAUUUUAGUAAAAAUGUCCAGUUUUCUUGCAACACAUCUGUGUUAAAUGGUAGUGAGAAUUUACGAGUAGACUUGAAUGCAGCAUUCACCCCUGACACUGUCGCGGGAGAUUCAGUAGCACCCAGGCGAUGUUUUUGUAGUUUGGAUUACAGAUAUACUGAAAGUAGUAUUUUGCGGUUAAACUACCCAAAACGUUGUUACCGGUGUAACUGGUGCAGUCCCGCCUGACAAUGUCAAAAAAGAAAGGACUCAGUUUGGAAGAGAAGAGAACUCGGAUGAUGGAGAUUUUCUUAGAAUCUAAGGACGUGUUUCAGCUUAAAGACAUUGAGAAGAUUGCCCCUAAGUCAAAGGGCAUUGCUCCCAUGACGGUGAAGGAAGUGCUACAGAGCCUGGUGGAUGACAACAUGGUGGACUGCGAACGAAUCGGCACCUCCAACUACUACUGGGCUUUUCCCAGUAAGACCUUACAUGCUCGCAAGCACAAACUGGAGGAGCUGCAGAAACAGGUUUCUAAUGCAAAGCAGCGAAAAGUUUCUCUAGAGAAAACGGUGGAAAAGGCUAAAGUGGGACGAGAAGGAACGAAAGAAAGAAGCUCUCUGAUGAAGCAGCUGCAGUUUCUGAGGGAAGAGCGAACAAAGCUGCAAGCUGAGCUGGAGAAGUACCGCGAGUGUGACCCCGACAUCAUCAAAGAGAUGAGAAAGUCGAAUGUUGUAGCAAAAGAAGCUGUCUCCAGGUGGACAGACAAUGUUUUUGCAAUCAAGUCUUGGACAAAAAAGAAGUUUUCUUUUGAUGACAGCUGCAUCAACAAGGCCUUUGGCAUCCCUGAGGACUUUGACUACAUGGACUGAUUGGGAUCUUCCACAGAGGGAAAAAUGUUUAUUAGAGAUUUUGUUUGAACCCAGUUUUCCUGGUGACCUAAUUCCAAGUUUUUGUUGUGUUCUCUGGAGCAAAGAUUAUGCAGCAGGAUUCAGUUAGUUUUACAUCUUGAAGAGAGAUGUUGGUGAUUUCGCCAACUCAUAUGAAUUCAUCAGUAGAGACCUGGUGCACCUGGAAAAGACAGUCAAGCAUUAAUGAUUGAGAUGUGGGGGGCAUCCUGUGAUUAAUAAGUAAGCAGACUGACGUGGUGUGCACCUGUUUGGAUGAAAACUGAGACCUCCAAGCUGAUGAUGGAAAAAAAUCAACACUCACUACAUCUGGAUCUUCAAUCGGAGCAUCUACAUGUCUUCUACAGAUGGCUUGGGAUCAAGUACUACUGUACUUUUCCUCUUAGAUUUUCCAUUUUUGUCAUCUUUGACCAGCCUUGAUUUAAUGCAGUUGGACGAAUACCAGAGUAAAACGUUGAAGAAAAGUUUAAGUAAUAGUUUUGUAAAUAUUUGCUACUUCAGGUGCAUUAAAGUUAUUUCAUUACAAAAAAAAUGAGCAUGAGUUUUACUUGCACCAGCUGAGGUUAUCACUGUUUAAAUGUUAGAUAGUUAGUUUUUUUUACACCAGGUUUUCCAUUUUAUGUCUAUGCAAAAUCUGUCAUUAAAGCAUUUCUUCCACCGAA